AUGUACCCGAGAGAAGCAGAAAAUGAGAUAAUAAUCGAAACUGGCAUUCGCUACCUGAGUUUGGACGACGAAAUCACGAUAGCAUCCAACAGCACUGUAUCGUCUUCUGAUGAUAGCUGCAGCAGCUCUGAAUCUUUGUACGAGCUUGGAAUCAGCCGCCUGCUUGCAUUUCACCGAUCAGGUCGUCGUCAUUCAACCGACAGUAAAACGAUAUUUGACCCUGAUUGUUCCGAGAUUACUGAACAAGAAUAUAGCACGGAAGAAUCUUGUUGCGACACGGACGAUGACCUCGAUAUUCCAAGAACGCUUGUCACGGAAGAAGCGGACCCAUCGGAUGCUGAAAUUUCUUCAAGAAGCACACGGAGAAAGCUACAAGUAGUAGGAGUUUGUGUUGCAGGGGUAUGCGUUGCUAUUCCCAGUUUGUUGUUACUGUUAGACCCGCAACAAGCUGACCGAUCAAAACGGCGUUGA